AUGGCCGAACUGAUUCUAGCUGCUGGUGCGGCGUAUUUGGGUUGGAGAGCUGCUCGAAGAGUUCGUUGGGCAUAUAAUAGUGCACUAGAAGAAAUGUAUGCUGAACAACAAUAUGAUUAUUAUGAUGAGCCAUAUGGUUAUGGUAGUCAAGGAUAUAAUCAUUAUCCUAGCCGUUCAUCUGGUCGUCAUCAUCGUUCAGGCGGACAUCAUAGUGGACGUCGUAGUUACCGUCAUUAA